UUAAAUUUAAAAAACAACAAAAAAACAGCGGAGUGAGUGCUCUGUUUUUAAUCACAGAUCUCUGCUGACAACAGGAAGACAGCCGUGCAACUGCUUCCGGUUUCCCCGCCCUCAGUCAGCUGUCACACGGUUGUUUGCAAACAGUUCCGUCCGCCGGGUCCAUGGUCCCGUCCUCGUCCUCUGCGCCCCUGUAGCUGCUCCACCAUGGGUGGGAACGACGACAGCGAAAUCAUAGAGCACCACAUGGAGGAGGAGAUGGAGAAGAAGGGCACGAGGAGCCACGCAGCCUCCUCCUCCUCGUUCCUGGAGAGCGUCACUCCGUCCGACAGAGAGGGCCACAGCGGCACCCAGUCCUCCCACAGACUGCUGGCCUACAGCGAUGCUCUCAUCUCCAUCAUCGCCACCGUCAUGAUUUUACCUGUCGCUCACACAAAGAUGGAGGAUAAUGAGGAGUUGAGGGAGAGCGUUCAGCUGCUGCUGACGACAAAGAUCGCUGUUUACUUAAUGACAUUCCUGAUUGUGACUGUAGCGUGGGCCGCUCACAUCAGGUUAUUUCAAGUAAUUGUUCGCAUCGAUGACUGCCUGGCACUGCUGAACCUCGCCUGCAUGAUGCUGAUAACCUUCCUGCCCUAUACAUUCGCUCUGAUGGCCAACUUCCCUGAGAAUGUCCUGGGGAUUUUACUCUUCUGUGGCUGUGUGAUGGUGAUGGGCAUUAUUCAGUCGGUGAUUGUGCUGUACGCCUUCAGCCGUCCCUUCCUGCUGAACGAGCAGAUCCAGAUCUCAGAGAACCAAACCUUCUACAAACACCACAUCCUCAAAGUCAUCAUGCGGGUUCCCCUCAUGUGCUUCUUCGCCAGCAUCUUCUCCUUCAUCUUCUUCCAGCUGUCGUACGUGCUGUUGGCGAUCGUCAUCUUCCUGCCGUAUAUCUCCCAGUCUGUGAAGUGGUGUCGCAGUAAAGCAAUUGGUCAGGUGGAGGAGACUCCAGACUCCAUGUUGUUUUACACGUACCUGCCCAACGAGCCACUCAGCAAGGACCGAGUGGAGGCUUUCAGCGAUGGAGUUUACGCCAUUGUAGCAACGCUUCUCAUCCUGGACAUAUGCGAGGACAAUGUUCCAGACCCGACCACUGUCCAGACGCAGUAUGGCGGCAGCCUGAUAGCAGCGCUUCAAGACUACGGCCCGGAGUACCUCGCCUACUUUGGUUCCUUCGCCACCGUCGGCCUUCUCUGGUUUGUGCACCACUCGCUCUUCCUCCACGUCACCAAGGCAACGCGCUUCAUGGGCCUGCUGAACACCUUCUCGCUGGCGUUUAUCGGAGGUUUGCCGUUAGCUUACCAGCUAACACACGAAUUCCCGCGCAACUCUCGCAAUGAACUGGAAGCCAUUCAGAUCAGCUGCGUGAUCAUUUUCUUCGCAGGAAUAUUUCAGCUCGCCAUUUGGGUGGUCGCACUUUACAACGAACAGGAAACUCUGCACCCUUAUGUUCGAUAUGGCGGACGCGAGCAUGUGUUUAUGCUAGCUAAGCUAGCUCUGUACCCCUGCGUUGCUCUGGGGACGUUUUUCCUGACAUGUAUUUUGAGUAAAUUUAGCGCCUCCAUUUUCCACCUGAUGGAGAUCACGGUGCCUUUUGCUUUCCUUGCGCUGAGGCUGUUGGUGCGUGUCGGGAUGGCGCUGCUACGGCUAAUCUUCUGUCCCGACAGGCCCAACCAGAGGGGGGUCAUAGAGGACGAAGAUGACGAGACAAGAGUGCCAUUCAACGCUUUAGUUACCUAGCUAGGUUAGAGGGGAGGUGGCCGCAGGAAAUCGAGCUAACUGACAGAGCAGUGAGGCAUUAUUGCUAAGAUGCUUGGUCUCUGAAAGAGUUACUGAGAGAGAGUGAAUUAGGAAUCACGUGGAGAAGAAGAUGGUGAUCUUUUAAUUUAAACUGGUUCAAAUCUUGUGAAGGAAUCAGUGCAAAAUGGGAUUAGACGUGAUCUCACAUGUUGAAGGAGGAGAAAUGAAGUGAACCAGAGUGGUGAAGGAUGCUGACCGCCAAAGCCUAUCCAUUCAUUUUAUUUCUUUAAAGGGUACAUUCGGCAUUUUUCAACCUGGACCACAUUUGCCCAUGUUUUUGUAUCCAGGUGACUGAUAGGAACAACAAUUUUGUAAACUGGUCCAGUAUUGAGUAAGGCUGCUGCAGCUG